AUGGUUGAAGCUACAAAUAUUCAAUUCAUUUGUUCUUUUUCAGCAAACAAGGCAGAUGAAUCGCAGUCUUCAGAAAGACCCGCAUUUUGUGCUUUGCAGAGUGAAACUGGUCCUUGUAGAGGUAGCUUUAAUCAUUUCUAUUACGAUCCACAAGUACGCGAUUGUUUAUUAUUUGCCUAUGGUGGAUGCAAAGGCAAUUCAAAUCGUUUUGCCUUUUAUGAGGAAUGCAUGGAUGUGUGUGGAGAAAGAACGUCGAUGCAGGAUCUUACUAUGCCAACAGGCAGCGAUAUGGAGAUGACCGAUUUAAUGGACCAGAAUAAAUCAAAUAAUUAUAGAGACCAAAAUAACGAUCCUGAAAUAGGGGACCAAGUUACUUAUAGUGAAAGAAUCAGGCAACAAAAUGAGCAAAAAAAUAUAAAUGAAGACAAAUUCAUUAAACAGUCGUCAUCUUAUCCGCAAACAGCUUUACCAGGUGGAUUCUUAAAUUUUGUUUUUAGCAUACAAAUUCUACAGCGAAAAAGUAAAGAAUAUAACGAAAAUGCUUUAGAAUUAUGUUUGUUACCGGAGGAUAGGGGUCCUUGUUUCGGUGAAAUAGUACGUUGGCGAUACAAUUCAGAAAUCUCCAGUUGUGUCACCUUUAUAUAUACGGGAUGUGACCAUAAUGCCAAUUAUUUUACGUCUGAAGAAGCUUGUGAACGUGCUUGCGGUUUAUUUAGGAAUCAAGAUGUCUGUUCAAUGAGAGUAAAUAAAGGAAGUUGUAAUUUGGGCAUAACUAAGUGGUACUUCAAUAAAAAUUUGGGUGAAUGUCAUGUUUUCAUGUAUUCUGGUUGUGGAGGCAAUGGAAAUCGAUUUUCAAGUAAAGCGGAAUGCCAACAUUUGUGUUCUCUCGAGACAAAAAUUUCAGAAGAUGAAGAUAUAUGUAAAUUCGAACGGGACAGUGGCCCAUGCAUCGAUGCUGUAACUCAAUGGUACUUUGAUAAAGAAGACGAGCAGUGUAAACAAUUCACAUAUGGCGGAUGUCGUGGAAAUCAAAAUCGAUUUAAUUCAAAAGAUAGUUGUGAAAAGAAAUGUGCACAAAAGCGAAAGAAUCGAACUCUAAUUGAUGCACAAAAUUCAGUUCUAAAAUCUACUGAUUCAGAUUCCAACAAAAAAUAUUACGACGAAUUAAGGACGCAUAAAGACGCAAAGCUAACAAUUCAACAAAAUAUGUUUCAGUCAUGUUCUGAUGCAUCUAAAGAUGAAAUGAGUUUCAGUAUAUCUCUGUCAAAUGCGACAUCAACGAGGCCUUUUCAGAUUGAGAUUUUCUGA